UGUGGCCGCGGACCGAGCGCGGAGGCGCCGACCCCAGUAGCGGAUCCCGGGGAGACAGGGAGGGGACGUGCUCUGCGCUCCCGGCCGGAACGAGGAGACUGAAGCAGCGCCUCUAGUGUGGGUGACCUUUGGGCUCCGGGCCGAGUUAGAGAGGAAUUCGGUCCUCCGAGGGAUGAUGCCUGAGCUGGACAAACGGAGUACGGCUAGAGAAGGAGCCGGUCGGAAAAUCUUAUCUAGACUCUCUUUACAUGCUCGUGCCGGGGAACCAGCAAUGAAGCAGAAUUUUGCCUUUGACAAUGUUGGCUACGAAGGCAGUCUGGACAGUGCGUCCCCUCCUUCUCAAAUGGCCACCGGCACGGUCAGCAUUCUGGGCAUGACUGGCCAGUCGUGUGUCAAGUCUAUUGAGGGCAGGAUUUCCAGUUUGAACGGCAUCAUGAGCAUUAAGGUCUCCUUGGAACAGGGCAGCGCGACUGUGACACAUGUGCCAUCGGUCAUGAGCCUGCAGCAGGUCUGCCGCCACAUUGCGGACAUGGGCUUCGAGGCUAGCAUCGCCGAAGGAAAGGCUGCUUCCUGGCCCUGCAGGUCCUCGCCUUCCGGGGAGGCUGUGGUCAAGCUUCGGGUGGAAGGCAUGACCUGCCAGUCCUGUGUCAGCUCCAUAGAAGGCAAGAUUGGGAAACUGCAGGGCGUGGUGCGAGUCAGAGUCUCACUGGGCAACCAGGAAGCAGUCAUCACAUAUCAGCCUUAUCUCAUUCAACCCGAAGACCUCAGGGACCAUGUCAAUGACAUGGGGUUUGAAGCUGCUGUCAAGAACAAAGUGGCUCCCCUAAGCCUGGGGCCAAUUGAUAUCGGACGAUUACAAAGCACUAAUCCAAAGAGACCUUCAACUCCUGCUCACCAGAGUCUUAAUAAUUCUGAGGCCCUGGGGGACCAAGAAAGUCGCGAGGUCACCCUGCAACUGCGAGUGGAUGGAAUGCGCUGUAAGUCUUGUGUCCUCAGUAUUGAAGAAAACAUAGGCCAGCUCCCAGGGGUUCGAAGUAUACAAGUGUCCUUGGAGAACAGAACUGCCCAAGUACAGUUUGAGCCUUCUCGCAUCUCCCCAGUGUCCCUGCAGAAGGCCAUUGAGGCUCUUCCACCUGGGAACUUUAAGGUUCAGCUUCCUGAUGGUUCAGAAGCGAGUGGGACUGAGUGCCUGCCAGAUGUCAGGCCUUCUGAACUCCGUUCCUGUGACUCCUCCCAGAGAAACCACAAACAUGGAGUGCACAGUUCUGUGGUGCUCACCAUUGCUGGCAUGACCUGCGCUUCCUGUGUCCAGUCCAUUGAAGGCGUCAUCUCCCAGAGGGAAGGGGUGCAGCAGAUAUCAGUCUCUCUGACUGAAGGGACUGGAACUAUUCUCUUUAACUCUGCUCUAAUUAACCCAGAAGAACUCAGAGCUGCUGUAGAAGACAUGGGAUUUGAGGCUUGCAUCAUCUCUGAAAACUCUUCUAGCAGCCAUGUUGGAAGCCAUGGUUCUGCGAAUUCCAGGGUGCAGACUACAGGUGGCAUAUCUCUGUCUGUACAGGAAGCGGCUCUCCACGCCAGGGGGCUCCCUCCAAGCCACAACCCUGGCCACUCAUCUGUGUCACAGCAGUCUUCCGGAACAGUGGUGCCACAGAAGUGCUUUUUACAGAUCUCAGGCAUGACCUGUGCAUCCUGUGUUUCUAACAUAGAGAGGAAUCUGCAGAAAGAAGCUGGUGUUCUCUCUGUGCUGGUAGCCUUGAUGGCCGGGAAGGCAGAGGUCAAGUAUAAUCCGGAAAUCAUCCAGCCAUUUGAAAUAGCUCAGCUCAUCGAGAACUUGGGCUUUCAAGCAGCAGUAAUGGAAGACUACACAGGUUCAGAUGGCAACAUCGAGCUGAGUAUCAGAGGGAUGACGUGCGCUUCCUGUGUUCACAACAUAGAGUCCAAGCUCACGAAGACAAACGGCAUCACCUAUGCCUCAGUGGCUCUCGCCACUAGCAAAGCCCACAUUAAAUUUGAUCCUGAAAUUAUCGGUCCCCGGGAUAUUAUAAAAAUUAUUGAGGAAAUUGGCUUUCAUGCUUCCUUGGCCCAGAGAGACCCCAACGCUCAUCACUUGGACCACAAGCUGGAAAUAAAGCAGUGGAGGAAGUCAUUCCUGUGCAGCCUGGUGUUCGGCAUUCCUGUUAUGGGUUUAAUGAUCUAUAUGCUGAUACCCGUCCAUGAGCCUCACGCGUCUAUGGCCCUGGACUACAACAUCAUCCCAGGACUGUCCAUUCUAAACCUCGUUUUCUUCAUCUUGUGUACCUUUGUCCAGUUUCUCGGUGGGUGGUAUUUCUACGUCCAGGCCUACAAGUCUCUGAAACACAGGGCGGCCAACAUGGACGUGCUCAUUGUGCUGGCCACGAGCAUUGCUUAUGUCUACUCUCUGGUGAUCCUGGUGGUGGCCAUUGCUGAGAAGGCCGAGAGGAGCCCUGUGACAUUCUUUGACACGCCCCCCAUGCUCUUCGUCUUCAUUGCCCUGGGGCGAUGGCUGGAACACGUGGCAAAGAGCAAGACCUCAGAGGCCCUUGCCAAACUCAUGUCUCUCCAAGCCACAGAAGCUACUGUCGUGACCCUUGGUGAGGACAACAUAAUAAUCAGAGAGGAGCAAGUACCCAUGGAGCUGGUGCAGCGGGGUGAUAUCAUCAAGGUUGUCCCUGGGGGAAAGUUCCCAGUGGACGGGAAAGUCCUGGAAGGCAACACCAUGGCUGACGAAUCCCUCAUUACAGGAGAAGCCAUGCCAGUCACGAAAAAGCCAGGAAGCACAGUGAUUGCCGGGUCUAUAAAUGCACAUGGCUCUGUGCUCAUUAAUGCCACCCACGUGGGCAACGACACCACUUUGGCUCAGAUUGUGAAACUGGUGGAAGAGGCUCAGAUGUCAAAGGCGCCCAUUCAGCAACUGGCUGACCGAUUUAGUGGAUAUUUUGUCCCAUUUAUCAUCAUCAUUUCAACUUUGACGUUGGUGGUAUGGAUUAUAAUCGGUUUUAUCGAUUUUGGUGUUGUUCAGAAAUACUUUCCUAUCCCCAGCAAGCACAUCUCCCGGGCCGAGGUGAUCCUCCGCUUUGCCUUCCAGACGUCCAUCACAGUGCUGUGCAUCGCCUGCCCCUGCUCCCUGGGCCUGGCCACGCCCACAGCAGUCAUGGUGGGCACCGGGGUCGCCGCGCAGAACGGCAUCCUCAUUAAGGGAGGCAAGCCUCUGGAGAUGGCGCACAAGAUAAAGACUGUCAUGUUUGACAAAACGGGCACCAUUACCCACGGGGUCCCCAAGGUCAUGAGGGUCCUCCUGCUUGUGGACAUGGCUGCGCUGCCUCUCAGGAAGGUGCUUGCUGUGGUGGGGACUGCAGAGGCCAGCAGCGAGCACCCCUUGGGCGUGGCGGUCACCAAGUACUGUAAAGAGGAACUUGGAACGGAAACCUUGGGGUACUGCACAGACUUCCAGGCUGUCCCAGGCUGUGGAAUCGGCUGUAAAGUCAGCAGUGUGGACAGCAUCCUGAGCCCAAGCACACAGGCUCAUCACCUGAAUGGAGUCGGCAGCACGCCCGCUGAGAAAGACACAGCCCCCGAGACCUUCUCGGUGCUGAUUGGAAACCGCGAGUGGAUGAGGCGCAAUGGCUUAACCAUCUCCAGCGACAUCAGUGACAUGAUGACAGACCACGAGAUGAAAGGACAGACGGCUGUCUUGGUGGCUAUUGAUGGUGUCCUCUGUGGGAUGAUCACCAUUGCCGAUGCAGUCAAGCAGGAGGCAGCACUGGCCGUGCACACGCUGAAGAGCAUGGGUGUGGAUGUGGUUCUGAUCACGGGGGACAACCGGAAGACGGCCCGAGCCAUCGCCACCCAGGUCGGCAUCAACAAAGUCUUUGCCGAGGUGCUGCCUUCCCACAAGGUGGCCAAGGUCCAGGAGCUCCAGAACCAAGGGAAGAAAGUUGCCAUGGUGGGAGACGGGGUCAAUGACUCGCCGGCCUUGGCCCAGGCAGACGUGGGCAUUGCCAUUGGGACGGGCACGGACGUGGCCAUAGAGGCGGCUGAUGUCGUCCUCAUCAGAAAUGACCUACUUGAUGUGGUGGCUAGCAUCCACCUUUCCAAGAGGACCGUCUGGAGAAUACGUAUCAAUCUGGUCCUGGCGCUGAUUUAUAACCUGGUUGGGAUACCCAUUGCAGCAGGUGUCUUCAUGCCCAUCGGCAUCGUGCUGCAGCCGUGGAUGGGGUCAGCGGCCAUGGCGGCCUCCUCAGUGUCUGUGGUGCUGUCCUCCCUGCAGCUGAAGUGCUAUAGGAAGCCAGACCUGGAGCAGUAUGAGGCACAGGCCCAGGGCCGCAUGAAGCCCCUGACCCCGUCCCAGGUCAGCGUGCACAUUGGUAUGGAUGACCGGCGACGGGACUCCCCAUGGGCCACGCCGUGGGACCAGGUCAGUUACGUCAGCCAGGUGUCGCUGUCCUCGCUGACCUCAGACAGGCUGUCCCGGCACAGUGCUGGAGCUGAUGAUGCUGGGGACAAGUGGUCUCUGCUCCUGAGUGACAGGGACGAGGAGCAGUACAUCUGAAAGCUCCAGGCUGGUGCAGAUCCACGGCAGGGCUGGGCCACACCUCCCAGAGCAGCAGCCCUCCUUGACACGGGGCUCCUGGGCAACUCUUGUCCAUUCACUUCUCCCAGCCUAACAGAACAGUGCAGCAUGGGCAGCCAGCACCCGGGCAGCGCAGCUUGGGCUUCCUCCCAGUCCUCCCUGGCCACCCCUCCCCACAUCCUGUGGUGUCAGGGACGUAGCUGGUGUCAGCCUGCAGAGGACUGACCUCCCUGGAUCCUUCUGGCACAGGGGCAAGCAGGCCCUGGUCUCCCAAGUGCCUUUGGCGUGUACUUGUUUGAAACAUGGCUUGAACUCCAGGAGAGCAGAAGAAAAUCGUCCUCCUGAUAGGCCUCUGCUUUAAUAUUUGGACAGCUAGUUGUGAAAAGAGGAACACCUCGUCAGGACCAAAAACUCAGGAGGGCCUUUCCGCAGAACUCAUAAAAAACUCCACGUUAGGCUCUUCGGUGAUGUCGCGUGCAUUCCACAUCUGAGAUCACAGUUUACCUCAAGUGCAACUCUUGUUUUCUGUUGGUACCAUCUCUUUCUUCUCUCCUGCUGUGUUCUUGGAGUCCAGCCCUCCCUGUCAUCUUUGGGGACAGGACUAACAUCCUCGCAGCCCCUGCUGCUCUUUCAGGCAUUUCCCCAAACACACUCGGCUUGUGCACUUCCUGCUCAGGUCUGUCCGCUCACACACGCCCAUGCCAGAGAGCUUGCCACAGUCAUGGCUUUUCAUCCCAGAGGCUAGAGAGUGCUGGUGUUGACCAGCGGAGCGAGGGUCUCUGAGCCUGAAGGCUUCCUGUGGGGCCAGCUGCUGUGCCCGCAGCCCCUCUGGUCUCUGCAGAAGGCCUUUCUGGUGCUUGAAGCAGAUGCCCCUGGAAGAGGAGGGUGCAGGCAGGAGCUCCUGGCCCAGCCCCAGGGUAGCGCGGCCCCAGGGUGCAUGGCCUACGUUGUAUUCUGUGAGGGUAUCACCCCACCAAGUCUGCUAGACGAUAGUGUCAGUGGUGCCCUGGAGUUGCAACUCGGAGGCAACAGUAAUACCUGAGUAAGUGAAUCAGUUCUCCCCCAUUAAUCUUUGACGCCACACGUGCCUUAGGAAAGGCUUCACGAAGAGAAAGUCUGCGUUUUCGUUCUCAGCAGCUCCUUGUGGUUGGGUGACAUCAGAGGGGGGAGAAUGGAUCAGCCUUGGACUCUGAAGCUGGUUGAUGAUUGACAGAACCACAUAGGCGUAGACUGGUGGAAUCCGGGGUUAAACUCUAAGAUAAAGGCCUUGUAACAUACGAAAAAAUAAUUUUAUUUAUUGAGUGCCAGUUAUUUUCCAGGUGAAUUUCAGUACUUUUUAUACAUUACCUCUCAUACUCAAAACAAACCAGCAAGGUAGAUAUCAUCAUCCCCAUUUUUCAGGUGAGGAAACAGACUCAGAAGGGCUAAGUAUCUUGGCAGGAUCACACAGGCAGUGUACGUGCUGGAACAGGAAAUGUGAAUCCACAUCUGUUGGCUGUCUUUUCUCUAAUUCUGCUGACACCUUGAAAUGCAGUUUGCUUGGUAAGAGUAAAUAAGAAAAAGGUCUUGCUCUUAGAAGAACAGUGAAUUUCACACUCAUGUUGCCUGGUUAGUUUCCAUUUUUGCAUGUAAUUGAGUGUUUGCUGAGUUUUAUUCUCCAAGAUCCAAGUACAGGGUUGUUUGUUUUGUUAUUUUAAUUGUUUCCAAGCUACCUUCCCUAACCUAGCCCCAUCCACAGCAUCCCAAAUACGUCCUCUGUGCUGGGAAUGCUUCUCGUUUUCUAACUAAGGUAAUUACUGUUUAAAUAAUGUAAUUGUUAUGAUUUUUUGAAAAGCUUUUAGGACCACGAACAACACAUUUAUAUGGACAUGAAAAUAUUUAUAAAAUUGUAAAAAAAAUAACCUUUUAAAUGUUCAAAGUGUAAUGAAUUUUGCUUUUUGGUUUGCUUUUUUUUUUUUUUUGGUAGGAUAAAAACAUUCCCUAUUUCAAAAAUUUACAUGCAAUAUUAGA